CCGGCCCCCCCACCUCCCCCCUCCCCGCAACAAGCUGUGGCUCCUAGGGACCUUGGCCCGGCUCCCCUGGGGGCCCUGCUCAGGGCAGAUGCUGGCAGUGCCCCUGGUGGAGUGUCUUGCAGGGCCUGGGUGCAGAGACAGACCACUGGUAUCAGAGGCCCUGUUCCAAGUGAGGGACUUGGGGGCCUGUGGAGGGGGCCGGGCCAGGGCCACAGGCCACAGGAGCAAAGGACAGGCAGAAAUCCCACCCACUGUACCCCACCCCGCCCUGCUCAGGGCACCUUCUGCCCCUAACGGCUUGGAUGCCAGACCAGGCCCAAGUGCCCACAGGGCCAGGACCCUGGAAUGGCUUGUGGUACAGCCAGGGGGAGGGGCCCAGGCCUGGCCACACAGGUGCCACCUUCUGGCCAGGUACCUCCAGGGGGCCACGGUGGGCAUGGGGGAAUGGAUAGUCUGUCCUGGAAGGUUAGAGCUCCCAGGCAGAGGCCCGGGCCGGACCCAGGCCCGGGCAGGUCCUCAGAAGUGUCCCGCAAAGUAUCCAGAGCCUUCCAUCUGGACGGGCAUGAGGGAGGAGGAGGCCAGGCCAGGGCCCCCAUGGGAGAUGCCAGGGUGUGCAAAUGCCGAGGAGGGGGCCCAGUCGCCCCUUCUUUCGGGUGACAGCUACCCACAAGUCCAAGGGGCUUGGGGCUUCGUCCAGGGCUGAGGACCGCCCCCCACUCUGGGGGGGCAUUAACCCCUUGUGUGCUAGGAAGAUGACUCCCUCCACUCCGAGCCCGCAUCACCACCUCCUCCUCUAGACUUCUGGGGCAGGAAGUUGGCCAUGUUCCCAGCAGGGAGGCAGGAGGCCCUGGAGCAGGCUGGACUGUAUUGGGAGGGGGCGCCCUGCCCAGUCCUCAGGAUGCCCCGUGGGGAUGGGGCAGGGUCCCUGGGCUGAAGGCCUGGCUUGCAGGGGCUUGGGA